AUGCCAAUGACCCUCCACCACCACCACCUAACCACCGUCAUUACCACCACUCUCCUCCUCCUCCUCACCAUAUAUUACCUAGCCGCUUCAGCCACCGCAGGCCUCCCCCAAUUCAGAGAAGCUCCGGCGUUCCGAAACGGCGAGGAAUGUCCUAAACCCACAUGGCCAACACAAUCAAACGACCCAUCAACCAUUCACAUAGCCAUGACCCUCGACAUCACCUACCUCCGCGGGUCCAUUGCCGGCGUCUUCUCGGUCCUCCAACACGCCACCUGCCCCGAAAACACCUUUUUCCAUUUCCUCGCCACCCACCACCGCCGUCACCUACACCGCACCAUCCUCACCACCUUCCCAUACCUCAAUUUCCAUCUUCACCACUUCGACACCAACCUCGUCAAAGGCAAAAUCUCCUCCUCCAUCCGCCGAGCCCUCGACGAACCACUCAACUACGCUCGAAUCUACCUAGCCGACCUCGUACCUACUACCGUCAAUCGCAUUAUCUACUUCGACUCCGACCUCAUAGUCGUCGAUGACAUUGCUAAACUCUGGACCAUCAAUCUCAACAACCACGUCCUCGGCGCUCCAGAGUACUGUCACGCAAAUUUCAGCCACUACUUCACUCCUCAAUUCUGGUCAAUCUCUCUCUUUUCCAAGACUUUUGAAGGGCGAAAGACUUGUUAUUUCAACACGGGUGUGAUGGUAAUAGACUUGACAAAAUGGAGACGCUGUGGAUACACAGAGAAGCUCGAACAAUGGAUGAGGAUUCGGAAAAGGUAUAGAAUCUAUGAACUGGGUUCUUUGCCACCAUUUUUGCUUGUUUUUGCUGGGAACGUUGAAGGUAUUGAGCAUAGGUGGAACCAACAUGGGCUUGGUGGGGAUAAUCUUGAAGGGUUGUGUAGAGAUCUUCACCCUGGUCCGGUGAGCUUGUUGCAUUGGAGUGGGAAGGGAAAGCCGUGGCUGAGAUUGGACUCGAAAAGGCCGUGUCCGUUGGAUAGUCUUUGGUCGCCGUACGAUCUUUUCCGGCAUGAGCCGUUGGUCAGGACAAAUAGUUACUGUCGGGUAAAGUUCAUUGUGAUAGUGGGUGGCGGCCGCGGUGCGGCGGCGGCAGCGGUGGUGUUGAGAGGAGCCGUGAUUUACGAGACCAAGUCACCAAGCACAUUAAGAUACAUUUCUAACCUGAGAAUAAACUUUGUUGGACUCAGGUAUGUUUAUGAGAUUCCAGAUGGGCCCAUUCAAGAAGCCCAUGAGGAAUUUGCAGAUGAAUAUCCAACCUUCUGCUUUAAUUUUUGA